AUGGACUUUUACAAGGGAUCAUAUCAUUGGGAUUAUGAGCGUAUUGUUACCGUGAGUAUGGUUCCAUUAGCAUUGGCACCGUUUGUUAUUGGAAUAGAACAUCCAUACAUUGAUGCCAUUUUCUCGAUUCUCCUCUUGAUUCAUUGCAGAUAUGGCUUCCAGAGCUGUAUAAUUGAUUACAUUCCGGAGAGGAGAUUUGGCAUAUGGCAUAAGAUGGCAAUGUGGGCUUUAGACCUUGGAUCGUGGCUUGCUUUAUAUGGAGUUUAUGUUAUUGAGACAGAGGCAAAUGGAUUAUUUGCGUUAGUGUGCCAUAUAUGGGGGGCAUAG